CGAAAGGCUAUAGUCAGAUGAAAAGCGACGGUUCGUUGACAGUACACCGUCGUCCGUAAAUUCCCCACCCAAAAUUGCCAACAGAGUAGGCAUAGGAAAAAUGUUUGUGAACCCCAACGCCAAGUAGUGAAAAAGCUUCCAAAAAACAUUCCCUAUCCCAACGUCGUAGCAUGGUUAUAGUGAAGUGAAAGAUGUAGAAGUAAAUUAUAAAGCAAGAUGCUCGCUAGCACAACGAAAGAAAUGCUCCAAAGUUAUACUGACGAAACAUCCUUUUGUGCAUUUCGUUCUCUGGUGUAAUAAUGUUUGUUGAGUUUAUUGAAAGUUGGCAAUCGUCUGUGUAAAAUGUUCCCUUCGUUUACCAUUCUGUGUUUGGAUUAAUGAACGUAUCCGUCCCAUCUACGUUGAAGGUAAGCUUUAGAGUGAGAAUUACGGAUGCGGAUUGUGACGAUGUUGCCCGAAACGUAAUUGCACGUGCAAAGCCCAACACACCUCCCGCACGUAACACGUGCUAACGAUGAAAAGCAUUUGAAGAACACAGAAGAACGAAUAUCCUGGAGCCAACCAUUUUGGUCGCAUAUUUAGUGCAAUCGUGUAGUCAUUGGAAAAUACGCUGCAGUAUCCUUUUAACCCAUUCCAUCGUGUGUUUGUGUGUGUGUUUGCAUGCAUGCGCGUGUGUGCCCCAAUACUUGACAUUAGCAAACACAAAGUGGAACAACAUAAUCGAUCAAAAGUGGGAGCCACCUUUUUUCGUCGAUUCUGCCACGGCGCAACUGUCAGGAUACACUCGAUAUUAGCUCGCGGUGAAGUGGAAGGAUGCACAAAAACACCCAUACAGUCACAGAGCCUUCGUAGCACGACGUUUACGACGAAAAAGCGCGCCGAAAAAAAGAAGGGCAGCGCUCCCGUCAAAAUAAACAUAAAUGUGUCGCGCGGAAAAAGGUCCUUCGGGGUGUGUUUUCCUUGCGCCACAGGGAAUCAGCCGUGCGUUUUAAGCUGUGUAUGUGUGAGUCUGUGUGUGUGCGUGUGUAGUGAGUGGAAUAAGAGAUAAACACACAACUUGUUCGUAUCCGUAUGUCAGCAUCCAGUGUGCUUCCAGUUUGCUGUGUGUUAUCGUCCUUAGUGUCCUGCAGGCAAAUGCAGCUUUAUUGACACUGUUUGACAAAGAAACAGUAACGAUGGAGUUCUUUGUUUAGCAUGUCUACCCAGUGUGCCCCAUUAGCUACACAAUGGGAUGUUGUGAAAUGAGUCAAAAGUAGACGAAUUAACCCAUCUGUAGUAUAGCCUGAGAAAGCUCGUCCUGGAGCGUUGAUGCAUCUCCAUCGUUGACUGGAUGUGUCCCAGUAGACUAACAGAGGCAAACAGUGCAAUCAAUAGCUACGUUCUCUGCGUUCUUCCACGCGUCAGAAGGUGUCACGGGGUAUUGCUGACGCAAAAGCCAACCACACAACUAGACCAUCGGAAAACAGAAGAUGCAUUACCGCCACGAGGAUAUUCUGGUGCCUCACGCGAGGAACAACCAUUCCCUCGGUGUCGCCGCCUCCGAUGCGAAAUAUGAACAAUCCAUCGUUUGGCCAUUCCUUAUUCAGAAUGCGAUGGAAAAUCCGCUUUGCACCUCGACCACGUCAACUACAUCGACCGUGUCCGUGCUGCUGUGGACGACGAUUGCGGUGUUCGGGAUUGUUUACACCUUGCUGGGAUAUCGAUGCUUACGAGCGAUAGGAUUUCUGACCGGAUUAGCGGCCGGUGCUGGUUGUAUAGUGUUGUUACAGAACAAAAACAUAACCGGAUUUGGCAACCUAGCGGCACCAGCAUUGGCCGUUGUCGCUGGUCUGUUCGGUGCCGUGCUCGGCUCAACACAUCCCAUCUCAUCCACACUGAUUGGAGCUUCCGCUGGUGCAUUAGUAGCCGGUGCAACGAUUGCCGCCUGCAUAGCCACGUUACCUCAUUAUAUAUUCGGUGAGAAUGAGCUGUUCGUAUCCGUCGUCGGUGGAGCCAUCAUUUGUGCAAUUGUGACACUAUUCUGCCCCAAGUUUAUGUCCAUCAUCGCGUCCAGCAUUAUCGGUUCGGCUAUGAUUCUUUGCUCGAUCGAUUUCUUCAUGCACGGACUAAACACGCUUGACUGGAUCUUCAACAUGAAGCCCGACCCAACGCCACCACCGUGCUGGGGCGGUGUAAUCCUUUGCUGUUGGCCCAUCACAUCGGUGCUCGGUGUGCUGGUGCAGAGCUUUGUGACCGCCUGGAAAAUUGACCACCGACGUCAGCUACAUCACCGCCGAAGGCGACACUACAAGGGUCGGUCCGGUUCGAGAUCGCGCGAAACGCGGGAAGAGGCCCGCCAGCGCAAGUAUCGCUAUCUGUAUCAAGUUCGCACUGCCCGGGGCGAUAUUAUCUCGCAGAAUUUUGUGUCCGCCCUACAGAAGCACGUCACCACGGAUUCUGGCCCACCAUCGGAAGUAUCCACGAAGCUAGGCUCGAACGAUCGUAACACGGCACGCAGCGACCGCACCCAUCUGACCAACCUGCCCGACUCGGACUUCGACAAGAUGGAUUCGAGCUGCGAGAAACGUUGACAAAAGCUGUCGUCCGUAUCGGGCAAGUAGUACCGGUCCGGUGGUGUCGGACAUCGGCGCAGUGAGCGCCUUUCCCGGCAGUAUUCAAGCCGCAGCAUUGCCCAGGAGAUCGAUCGGGAAUUGGCACGCACGAUGCCACCCGGGAGCGAUACCGAUCCUCGCUGAUUCAAUCAUCAGUUUACGUUUAGGUUAAUAUAAGUGUUUUACGUUUAGCAUUUACCAUGGUGGACGGAUCUUUUCGAAGCGUGACAAAGAGCAAAACCAAACUUUAAUGGUGUUCCAUUAGCAUUUAGAUGUUGAGAAGGAGUCGAAAGCGAUUUACGAUUGUUUAUUGAGUGUUGCGAAAAGCGAAAGGUGCAAAUAAUAGAUGAUCCAAAUUUGAUAAAAUAGUGAUGCAAAGAGGUUACCGAGAUGGGAAGAAGAUAGCAGAAAAGUGGCAGCGUAUUUCAAUGUGAAGCAAGCGCAGAAUAAAGCAAAAAAACGCGGGAACAAUACCAAACAAUUGUAAAGUGGGUGCUCGAAGAGCGACUACGAGUGAAACCGUGGAAUGGUGAACGCCAGAACUCAAAGAGCAUAAUUUGCACCAGCAAGACAGGGACAUAGCUACACGAAAUGAUGUUACGCGAGAAUAUCUCUAUAGUGAAUAAAAGUUUUACAAAAACCUUAAUCCUUAAUCGACAUUUAUACCGAAGUAAUGGCGAACACGAUUUGCGUCAGUGAUUAUCUUCCGCGAGAUUGAAUCUAAUUCAUGAUUUUGACAGUAGUAAACUAACGACUAAUACACACUAUUAACAAAAAAAUAAAGCGAGCAAGUAAAAAACAAAAUCCAAAGCAAACUCAAAGAUGCAUGGCUUAGGAGGAGGAGGGUGUGAUGAGGAUGGUUUAGCAAAAGUAAUCUUAUAAAGGGUAAAUUACAAAUAAAACAUCGUAAAUCUUAUGCAAUAUUGCUAAACUCAACGCUCUUAAUCUAAAAGAAACAAAGAAGAAGAAAUAAACACAAAAACACACUCACACACGCGAGACGAGGAAGCAUUUAAAACAGAAAUAAAUUAAUCGUUAAAUAAGCCCAAAGUUAAAGGAAUCAAAUGGAAACGAAGCUGUACAAUGAUUAAAUAUGAUACGAGAGCGGUAAGAAAGAAUAAGCAAUGAGAUAUUGAAACACGCACACGCAAAACCACACAAAACAAAGGAAACGGAACCGUCUAAUGGUUCCACCCCUCCCAAAAGAAUCAGAAAAGUAAGAAAAAGCUAGUGAAAUGUAUUUUCUGUUGCAAUACAAGUAAUGCAAAGCUAGAUUAGGUUAUAAAAAAAACAAAACAAAAGCAAAAAAAGAACAGAAGCAAACUGUAAGGAGAGAACGUAAGGAGAAGAAUUUGUAAAAUGGUGCACAUUGAUUUUUCAACAAUCAAGACGGUAAAGGAAUAUGGCGUAAGUGAUGAAAAGUAUAUAAAUUCUGUUUGGAACUUGAAAAGUGAACAAAACAGAAGGUGUAGAUGGUGACACGGUGAGAGCUAGAAAAAGAAAGUCAACGUGUACAGUUGUGUAGGUAACGGCUAUUCGUUCAGUGUGUAACUACGCGCAUUAUACAUAUAUCGUUCAAGUGACUAGUGUGACUAACUGUUGUUCCCCUUCUUUCUGUGGUUUGAUUUUAACCGUUUUUUAUCGCAACAUGGGAUGGUUUCGAAUACAUUCCCAAGGUAUCGGAACCAUUCACCUUAAAGCCAGUGUUGUUCGUUUAUGAAAGAUAAACAAUUCUUAAAGUAACUAAAUGCAGCAAGCAGAAAUGGUAAAGUUAGUGGCAAGCUAAAACGAGCGCAAAUGGAGAACGAGAAAUACACUUAGCAGAAAAUUCAAACGAAAUGGGUACACGAAAACUGUGAAACAAUAAUGGGAACUGUGAAGGGAAAAAAAUCGAGAUGGCAAAGGAAUUAUGAAGUAUGUAGAGUGAAAAAGGAUUUUAUCGAAUUAUCGUACCCUAUCGGUUGGGAACCGAGAAAUGACGUAAACGGUGCUGUAAAGAGAAGGAAAUCGUACCAUGUGCAGAUGCAGAGAGGUUGUGCUUCGAAGUAGAAAUGAAGAAAAAAAAAAACGGUCAUAAAAUGAAUGGUAGUGCGGACAUGAGAGAUACACUAGUGGACAGAAGUAUUCCAAAGGCAAAACGUUAGCUACUUAAUGGAUGUGUAUAGGUUUAUAAUGGAAGCUCAAAUAUAUAAACAACAUAUUUUGGAAUUAACAAA